AUGCCAGUGAGCUUGAGUCCUUCCCGGACAUCUGAGCUCCCUGGCGGUCUCAACAACAUGAGCCGACUAAUUUCCGUAGCCCAGAUUCAACAAGGUGGAACCAGCUCAACCGUUAUCAAAAUUGACAUGAAGCGAACCCUGAGUGUCACGUCGCCACCGGCCCGGCAGAAACAAGCAUGGAGCCUCCGUAUCUUCGGAAGUUCGGGGGACGCUUCGACGUUCAUUCAAAAUCACACCAACAACUUAAAACUAUGUUGCAAUUCAACUCUGAUGGCUUUUGGUGCCCCCAAGGACUGGGCAAUCUCAGGCACUAAACAGAGUGAGAGGGGAGCACGCGAGGUGGACGAUGGUUGCAUCAAGACACCAUCAGAAGAUAUCGGCCCUUGCCACAUGACCACCACGCCGCGGAUAAGGGCUGCUGGGGAAACUGCUGGUGGCUCUGGCGAAUUUGAGCUACCCCCGUGGGGCGACUGUCUGACCCUCGUUGCAACCCCUAGGCGGCGCCUCUGUCGUGGUACUGACUCCAGCCGAAUUCAACUCCCCACUCGUACCCAUAGCUUGGAAGACUUGAGCCCUCGUCCUAUCGAAGAUACCAAACUCGACUGGCUCGGUAAUGGUGGGAACCGUGGAAUACAAGCGGCAAUGGAUAUCGGGACGUCCCAUUCCGUCCUCGCAUCCUCGGGGAGCCAAUUUACACGCCACGGAACCAGGUAUUUCAAAGGCGAGAAGCACCAGACCUCACUUGUGUACGUUACACAACGUCCUUACAAGUAUUUCCAAGUUCCAACCUUACCCGACACUGAUAACCUGAAGAAUACGGAGGGCCAGGCUCCAGCUACCAUUCUCUCACAACUUGAAAGGGUUGGACGACGGCCCAAAGGAACCACGAGAAACUUGAAAAGGUCGUCGCCCCGGUUUCUUGGCGUGAGCACCGCAUAUUGUGACCGUAACCCGAGUCAAGUCAUGGAAACAGGGCACGAAGACCCUGCCUCCACAUUCAGGGUCCCGGUGUCAGGUAAGAUGAUCGAAAGAUCGAAGAGGGGGAUCAUACUUGCGGCUCCGCUCCCUUACAUCUGUCGAUCAACGUUGUGGAACUCCUGGAAGGAGGCGUUGCUGGAAACAAUUUCAGCGUGGUUACUUCACUAUGAGACCCCUCUGACACAAAACGAUGCUGCCUCCAAGGGACUAUAUUUCGUACCCAGUGACACCUGCCGUGGCCCUUGGCCAUCUUCGCAUGAGCUGAACGGACUCCUCCUCUUCACCGUCACUUCGAGCUACCGGUUUAUUUACCCUCGCCUCAUAUGGCGUAGUCGCUUGCCCAGAGCAACAAAUUCAAAGGAGAAGAUGCUGGCCGGGUAUGUCCCUUGCUGCAUUGAUCAGUACCCCAAGCAGCACGCAUUGCUGGAACGCAAGGGACGACUCAACGGCGCUCAGGUCAUCACACUGUGCACGGCUCACGCCUUCACGACUGAUAGGCGCUGGACCGACCCCUGGCGACAGGAAGAAGAGCAUGGGCCCUGGACCGACCUCUCCGUCCUCUCGGACCUAGUGCCGGCGAGCGUCUCGGGACGCGCCAAAAUACUACCACGACACCUUCCGGUUCACCCACCAGAGGAACCCCAACUCUCCCACCGAGCUUCCUCGGUAACCGUGCAAGGAGCGGUGCGCUCACAUGACUUCUUCUUUCGGUGGUCAACUAUCACCCCCGACUCCCCCGACUCCCCCGACUCCCCCGAUUUUCACGAGGCGGCGAGCACGGCCGCAGGGCAAGUGCGCCAGCCGCCACCCGAAACAUCGAGGUGCGUACAGAAAGUGCUGAUUCCCGCCGUUUUGUGUAACUACACCGGUGAACGGGGGCGGACGGUGAAACCAUUGAGCUCCAUUGAGCCUCGACUGCAGGUCUGCACCAACUUGUCGUACUCGAACUCUCUCCGGCCGGGCACAAAUGCGGGGGUGUGA